UUAUUUCUUUUAACAAAACAUGCUUAUUUGGUUAUUUUUAGAGUAGGGCUUUGUAAAAUUCUGGUCGGGAUCCGUUAUCACAAAACUAACCCAUUCCUUGCGCUAUGCCUGUUUUUCUUGGUCCGCGGUCUGUUUGUAGCUUGUUGCUGUUUUUUUAUAUUAACCUUGGGUAAAAUAUGGGGUUAUGUAUUAUUGGUUGGAGUAAGGAUAGUUCAUGUAACAACAAUACAUUGUUCAUAGGAACUUUAAAUUAUUACUACAGUGUAGCUAACACUGUAUAACACUCACAGGAGGUUGUGUGGUCCAGUGGUUAAAGAAAAGGGCUUGUAACCAGGAGGUCCUCGGUUCAAAUCCCACCUCAGCCACUGACUCAUUGUGUGACCCUGAGCAAGUCACUUAACCUCCGUCUUUCGUGGUGAGACGUAGUUAUUCACAGCUCCAGUCAGAUGUCUUCUCAGUCAGCAGAGCCAGGGGGUGGGAAGGCAGAAGUCCCAAAGGAGAAGGACUUCAAGACUCCUGGGCUGAGGGGAAUACAGACCACUACCCUCUUCAGAGCUGUCAACCCGGAGCUUUUCAUCAAACCCAACAAACCAAUGAUGGCAUUUGGACUCCUGACUAUCUCCUUGUGUGUGGGAUACCUGGGGUAUCUUCAUGCUGCAACAGAAAACACACAGGACUUGUAUGAAGCAGUUGACAGCGAUGGCACCAGUUACAUGAGGAGGAAAACUUCAAAAUGGGAUUAAUAGGAUGGCAGACACUUCACUUUGUAGGUCAUAACUUUUUUUAAUUUGAAUUAAACCUGGAAACAUUUCUUUCAAGGACUCCUCGUUAAGCUUUGUAUACAGACUAACUUGUUGAACAAAGAGGAAAUACAUGUGUUACUUUAAUUAUCUGGAAGCAAUAAGAGUCAUACAGAGAAAAUAUAUCAUGUGAAUAAAUAAAUAGUGUAUUUAUUUCUGCA